AUGAAGACCACAUCCUGGUCGCUCGCUUUUGCGGCGGGCGCUGCGGCAACCGCACCUCCUACCUACGGCGACGACAACUCCGCUCCCCCAGCCUACGGAUGGAGCUCUGAAGCCGCACCGGAGUCGUCGAGCGCGCCGGCUGCGUACUCGUCCAUUUACGCCUCGAGCAGUGCCGGAGCCUACUCUUCUUCGGCGGUCCCAUCAGUCUACCCAUCCAGCUCGUCCGGAUAUGCCGUGUCGUCUUCCGCCUCCGCCUCCUUCUCGGGCCCGGCUUGCACCACAACAUACACCAGCACCUGCGAAGAGACGUCGACGUUGAUCUACCGCAGCUCGACGGAAUAUGAGCCAUACAAGGUCACCCACACUUUGACCACAACGAUGGAGGGAGAGUGCCCGUCUUCGAUGCCCGUGUACGGGUCUUCCUCGGCGGGUGCGAUCUCUUCGUCCGAGUCGGUUCCAGUCUACCCUGCGUCCUCUUCGGCGACUGCUGUCUACCCGUCAGGCUCCGCUCCAGCUUCGCCUGAGAGCUCCUUGGUGCCUAGCGAAUACUCGUCGAUGGUCGUCCCAGUUUCGCCUGAAUCUUCUUCGCCAGCUGGCUACCCGAGCGGUGGCCACCCAAGCAUGGUCGUGGUUACGAACACGGUCACGAACACGAAAUACGUCUGCCCGUGCGAGACCACCCCAGAGCCAACCCGCACUCCAGGUGAGGUCUACGUUACCUCGUUCACCACGGAGUACGAGACCACUUGCCCUGGAGGCGAUGGCGAGACUGCCACUUUCACCUACGGCGACUGGACUUCGAUCUACACCAAGUACAGCAUGACCACGUACACCGACACGAUCACGUCGACUGUCACCGAGCCAGAGUACCCGGCUUCGUCGGGCCCCGCUGUCUACCCGAGCGGUUCUUCUGGAUCCCCAGAGGUGCCCUCCGCUUCCGGCCCUGCGGCUUACCCAAGCGCAAGCGGCUCUUCUGGAGCACCUGCGUCUUCGGAGGGCUGGGGCUACCCUGGAGCUUCGUCUUCGGCGUCUGGACCUGCUGGAUACCCAAGUGCAAGCGGUUCGUCGUCUGCCUCUGCUCCAGGAGACUACGGCAGUGUCUCUGAGUCUGCAUCUGCCUCGCUUCCACCUUACCCCUAUGGCUCGUCGUCGUCGUCUGGCGUCGCUUACCCAACUGGCACAAGUUAUUCUUCUUCGUCCUACUCUCUGAUCCCCACUGGCAGCUCCAGCUCAGCUGCGCCAACCGGUACGGGUGCUUGCGUUCCUUGCGAGGGCCAGCCCGGCAACGACCCAGAGAAGUGGUGCGGCUACGACAUCAACGACAACUGGUACGCUGUGACCCCCAAGACCUGCAGGACUGUCGAGUACUUCUGGACCAUCAAGAACGAGACCAUCUCUCCUGACGGUGUCCCACGUAUGGGUCUCGUAAUCGAAGGCGGCAUGCCCGGCCCACUCAUCGAAGCCAACUGGGGUGACGAGGUCAUUGUCCACCUUACCAACGGCCUCGACAUUGAGGGCUUGAACGGCACUUCGCUCCAUUUCCACGGUAUCCGCCAGAACCACACCAACGAGAUGGACGGUGUGUCUUCCAUCACUCAGUGCCCGAUCGCCCCCGGCCACAGCAUGACCUACAAGUGGACUGCAACCAGCUACGGUACCUCGUGGUGGCACUCGCACUACGCCCUUCAGCUCUACGAGGGUAUCUGGGGUCCCAUGAUCAUCCACGGCCCGGCCUCUGCUGAGUACGAUGACGAGCAGUUUGUUGCCCUUCAGGACUGGAACCACAUCCCUGUUGACACCCUCUUCAAGCCAUCUGAGAUCAUCACCAGCCCGUCCAGCGGCCCGCAGACUUUGGACACUGGUCUCAUCAACGGUAUGAACGUCUGGGAAGGUGCUGGCAAGCGCUUCGAAAUGACCGUUCAGUCCGGUAAGAGCUACCGCCUGCGCCUUCUCAACAGCGCCAUCCAGUCGACCUUCGUCUUCUACGUUGACCAGCACGAGCUUGAGGUCAUUGCUAUGGAUUUGGUCCCGAUCACUCCAUACAGCACCAACAUGGUCGUCAUCAACAUCGGUCAGCGUUACGACUUGAUCCUCAAAGCCAACCAGCCAUCUGCCGACUACUGGAUGCGCUCCGACAACCAGCAGCCAUGCGGUCAGCUCAAGAACCUCGACAUCAAGGGUAUCGUCCACUACGCCGAUGGCCCGAUGGCCGAGCCCACCUCGGAGGGCUACGGAUACGCGCCCACCUGCCUUGACGAGCCACUCGACAAGCUCGUGCCCAUCGUCCCAUGGGACGCCGGUGCGGUCGACCAGACCAUCAGCGAGGCCGCUGUCAUCGGCCCGUACCCAGGCACCAACCUCUUCAAGUGGACUCUCUCCGGCACGACCUUCUUCUCCGAGUGGGAGCACCCAACCCUCAAGCAGAUCUACGAAGACGGCACCGUCCCCGACACCUCCGGCAACCUCGCCAUCGAGGUACCAGAGCUCCACGAAUGGGUCUACAUCAUCAUCCAGACGCCCAUCCCGUUGCCCCACCCCAUCCAUCUUCACGGCCACGACUUCCUGAUCCUCGCGCAAGGUCUCGGCCAGUACUCCGACUCCGUCGCUCUUAACCUCAAGAGCCCGCCGCGUCGUGACACUGCCGUCAUGCCUGCUGACCCUACCCAGGGCCAGCCAGGUUACCUUGUCCUGGCUUUCCAGACGUCCAACCCGGGUGUUUGGCUCCUGCAUUGCCACAUUGGCUGGCACAACGCCAUGGGCUUCGCGCUCCAGAUCAUCGAGAACCUCGAGGGCAUCGCCGACACCAUCAAGUACGGCGGCCAGAUCGAAGACACCUGCUCCGCCUGGUCCGAGUACGCCGCCGCGUACAACAUCGUCACCGAGGACUCCGGCGUCUAA